UAAUUUAACCUUGAUAUGAAAAAGAUUUGAAAAUGAUAAUAUUGGUUACUUAUUACAAUUUUAUCAACUUAAUAAUAUUUAUGUGAUUUCUUUAACAACUGGUUAUUAAACUUGUUUUUAUGUUUUUGAGAUUGAUUAUAAUAAUUAGGUUCAAAAUAUAACUAGCUCUAUAAUCACAAUUGUCAUAACGAAUCAACAAAGCCAAUUCACAGAGUCCAUUUUGGUAAUUUAGGUACCUAAAACAAUAAUUAAUAUUCUAUUAGAGAAUACAAAGAAAAAUAGAGUUAUAAACAAUUAUUAUUUUUUAAUGGCAUUCAGUAAUAGCAAUAAAGUGAGUCUCUCUGGGAAAACAGUUAUAGUUACAGGAGCUAAUACAGGAAUUGGUUAUGAAACGGCUUUAGAAUGUGCAAAAAGAGGCGGAAGAGUAAUUUUGGCAUGUAGAGAUGAAACAAAGGGUUUAAAAGCAAUAGAAAUAAUUCAAAAAUUGACGGCAAAUAAAAAUGUUAUAUUGAAAAGACUGGAUCUUGCUUCGCUAAACUCUGUUAGAGAAUUUGCUCAAGAUAUUUUAAAAAAUGAAAGAAGGCUGGAUAUUUUAAUAAAUAAUGCAGGUGCCAUAAUGCUUGGGAAUCAGAAAACGAUAGAUGGAUUUCAAUUAGAGAUGCAAGUUAAUUACCUUGCUCCAGUAUUAAUCACCAUGUUAUUGCUAGAUCUAUUGAAAAAAUCAGCGCCAAGUAGGAUAGUCAAUGUAUCAUCAAAAGCAGCAAAAUAUGCAAAGAAGUUUACACCAGAACAGAUUAAUUCUUACAAGAGCCAUGUAAAUGCGUAUAGUAAUUCAAAAUUGGGAAAUAUUUUGUUUACGCAAGUGUUGGCAGAAAAAUUAAAAGAUUUUAAUGUUAGUGUAUUUUCUCUACAUCCUGGAGCAAUUUAUACUGACAUAGCCAUACAGCACCUGAAUCCGUGUAUACAAAGUUGUGGAAAAUGCUUUUCAAAUAUAUUCCUAAAGACUCCAGUGGAAGGUUCUCAAACAACGUUAUACGUAGCACUGGAACAAGGUAUUGAACACCUUACCGGGAGACAUUUUGAAGAAUGCAAAGUUGUCAAAUCAUAUUCAACUGCAAAAGAUCCUAAGCAAGCUAAACAAAUUUGGGAUUCGACACUAAAACUUCUCUCAUAUGAUGAAAAUGAAACUAUUCGCAUUUAAAAUGUUUAUUUGUUUAAAGCCCUUGCCUACAAAGCC